CUAGCAGUAAUUUAACGAGUAAUGAAAGUUUUGAGAUCAAAGCAAAGAAAACAAGAUAUUAAAAUAUAUAAUUUUAGCCAAACAACAUAUUCAAUAUGUACGCUCGUUUUACCAUAUAAACGGUUGACUUGCUACGAAACUGGUGGCAUAAAAGAUGUAAACAAGGAAAACACAAACGACGGGACGCUUCGAGCAAGUUGGAAUGAAACUUCCUAAAAUCCUCGACGGAUUGAGCUGAAAUGAUCGCCGGCUCGUAUCCGUUGGCGUGAGGAACCCACGAGGCUCGGAUUUUGGUAGGAAACGAGACGUCACAACAAGCCGACAUGGAGAUUGAAACCGACACGACACAGUCGCUGGGCGACAUGCAAGUCAGCGUCGUCUCGGACAUGACUGUCUGCAACACGACCAGCAACACGCAGGCCAGCGGGGCUGAAGAACGCGACUCCCGCUCGUACGAGUGCGACGUCUGCUUCAUGCGAUUCACACAGUUUGCCAACAUGCGGCGCCACAAGCUGAGCCACUCGGGGAUCCGCCCCUUUGAGUGCCGCCUCUGCCUCCGCCGCUUCUUCCGCAAGGACCACCUGGUGGAGCACACAGUCCGUAAGCACUCGAAGCAGCGGCCCCUGCGCUGCCCCUUCUGCGCCAAGACGUUCCCGUCGGUGCCCAUGCUCAAGAACCACUUGUCCAACGCCCACUCGUCGGGGUACAGCCCGCGCAGCAACAUCUGCAACAUCUGCGGCUUUGUGGCCACCUCAGCGGGCGGUGCCAAGAUCCACUACAUGACAUACCACGUGCGGCGUGCCCUGCGGUCGUCGUCGCCGACGGGCAACGCGCCGGUCGGGCUUGCCUCGCUGCUCAACGCACCGUACCAGUCGACGGGCAACGACAUGUGCGCCAUCGUUCCGACGUCCAUGCCAGAUAUCUACCGGAACGAGUCGUCGGAGGACGGCGGCACUGUCGAGGUCCACCGCAUUGACGGGGAGCUCCAGGAGAUCUCGCCGCGCAUCACGAGCGUCACAUCCCAGGCCGAGAAAACAUGCGGAGACGACGGGGUGGUGGUGAUCAAGUCGGAGGUGCCCGACGACGACCACGGUGAGACGCCCGACAACACUGAUGACAAUAACAACAACGACAAUGGCAGCAGCCAGCGGAGGGGAGAGGACGGCGGCGAGUCCCCGCGGGACCGCGGGUCUUCCGCCGAGGACCACGGCUACAUCACGGGCGACACGGGCAACUGGACGCUCCCGUCUUCCUCGUCGUCCCAGGAUCCGUGCUCGAUGGCCGCGGGCUCGCAGUGGGGCUCCGGCGGCGUGCACGGGCACCACGACCUUGGCAUCGUCGUCUCGCCGCCGCCACCGGCUGGUGGGUUUGGAUCGGCCGCAAGCGGCGAUAAGACGGACGAGAAGCAGAUGCGGAGCACGCCGGAGACCUCGACCGCGGACGGGGAUAGCGGCGUGGACGUGCGCUACCCCAGCCCGCUGGCCUGUCACUACUGUGACGUCGUGUUCUACGACAGGACCCUCUACCUGCUGCACAAGGGCGCCCAUUCCUUCCGCAAGCCCUGGAGGUGCAACCUCUGUGGGCACCAGUGCAAGCACAGGUACGACUUCGCCAGCCACUUGCUGGCGCAUCCGCACAUCUGACGGCGCGGUACGGUCGACCCCUGGGCUCCGGCGGUUUAGGACGUGCGCGACGGGCGAGGGCCUCUAAAGUUUGGACUUGGGCCUCCUAGCCCAUACCACAUUCUCCUCGUAGUUGUCUGGGAGCCGCGUUUUUUUACGACGCGCAGCCUAAAUUGGGACAGGGGCCCGGCGGUCGGCCGGCGAUUUCCACCCAGCGGACGAAGAUUGUGAGUGAUGCUGACAAACAUUUUGUGUACGUGGAUCCUUCGGCAUCACUUCUCGCUUCGUUUGGACUGAGGAUUUUUCUCUUGCGAGCAACCAAGCAUUUUGAGGCUCGAUUUGGGUCGUUCUUGGCGACACUGUUGCAUUGUUCCGAAAGUGGCCUUACGAACUUUUACAUGAGUUACAUGCCUUAUUUUAAAUGUAUCGUUCCUGUCCUUAAAACAGAGGCAUAAAUACUGUUUUUGAGUGUUGUUGUUUUCCUGAGAGAAUGAAAGUCUCUCGGUCCUGCCUCUUUGCAUGUUGCGACGUUUCUGGGACGGCGUGCGAUCCUUGCGAGCCUUUUUAGGGCCAACUCCGGGUUUUCUCUUGAUGGCGUGAGAGAUUGUCUACCACAAGAAAGUGCCUUCCCUUGUCCCGUUGUGAUUUUUGUAGUUUUGGCGCUAGAAACGAAUCUCACAUGGGAGCGUCUCCAGCUCAUGGCCACAGGUCUUCCCUCACCGCGGGACUCCCCGCCAACUCUACCAUGCAUCAUAUAUACACAAUCAUGCACUUUAUUAACUGCAGGAAAGAUUAAGCCAGGUAUUUUUAGAAAUAUGUAUACACAUAAACAUAUUCUAUAUAUAACAUCAUGCCGCCCCUGUUCCUAUGUAAGCAUGCUCGUUGAACAAAGCCGUCUUUUUGCUCUGCAAGUGUUCCUCCUCUGUUUUGUUAUGCGUGGUUAUGGAAGCCGACUCUGGUCCUUGGCCUAUACCGGUGCUUUGUUUGUAUCAAGUCACAAGGGCCCCAAGCUCUGUGGCUUGGAGAUGCAAUACUACAAGCUAUUUUUUCUUUUUUUUUUUUGCUCUCAGAGUGCACUCCCCUUCAAAAGGAGCCGUCUACAAUUUAAUGCUUUGUGUGCAAUAUGGUGUUUGGUUCUGUCUUUGUGUGUCUUGUCCUGCUGUACCGUUUUUUUUUGUUUGUUUUGUUUUGUUAAUGUUGAAGCAAAACUGUACUUUUUGAGUUUGUACAUGGUCCUCGGCGCAUUUGUCGGACAGAGGAACAGAAGCAGUUGAGCUCCAAAUGCGGCAUUUUCCCGCAUUGCAGUGGGGCACGGUUAUUCUGUUACCUUCCCUACAUUUGGCCGAGGCAGCUUUGUUUCGAUGCCUUGUUUGUUUUAGUUGAAAAACAAAAACAGCUGAGCUGUUGGGGCACUAGCAAGCUCUAUCUUAGAAGCAUUUUGGGGAAUGUAUUGAUUGCUUGCAACAAGAUUGCGAGUCGAGCCUUAUGUCAAGUGCUGUUACCAGGUUUCUGAAACCUGUAUGUAACUGCGUUUUUUUUUACGACUACAGCGAAUGUAACCGGUGCUACCUUUAUAUAUAUAUAUAUAUAAAUUGUCUCCUUUGGUAACCUUUCA